UCGUGUGACAGCAACGUAAUUCUACAGAGAGCGGAGAGCAUGAUCUGCCAUGAGAGGCUUCUUGUGUCAAGGGCAAAUAGAUUGCAUUUAAAACUACUGAAGAAUUCUUUAGACGGAUCGCGUUAGAGCUUUGAAGAAGGGAUAAUACGAGUGAUUUAGAGACACAGAGAAAGACCUGAAUCAUUCAUAGCAGGAAACUGCACGAGUUACCGCCACACUUUGGACAGGCAGUCACCAGGAAUGGUGGAUCACUUGCUGCUUGAUGAAGAGACUUUUUUUCCUUACACUUGUUUGCUGCCAGCCCACAACCCAUUGGAUAUGGUGACAGACGAGGGGGUGUACCAUAUGCUUCCAUCUCCAUUCUCAGAGGAUAACCUGAGUGACUCAUCUAGCCCUCGUUCCUGUUCCAGCCCUGAGUCUCAGGGGCUUGGCUCCAGUUGUGGGAGCAACUCGAGUGGAGAAAGCCAAGAUGGCCUGCUUGACUUCCUCCACUCUCAGUCCAUGUUGAGCCAAAACUCCCCCUUCUCCACCACAGUGUCUCCCAUGGUCCCUCCAGUCCUUCCCAUGGGUCUCGCUUGGGAGUCACGACGGGACCGGGCCACCAAAGAGGAGUGCUUUGAGUUUCCGGUUUUCCCUGGAGAUUUGGAGGACCAUGCAGGGCUACUGUUUCAGCCCACCCUGGAGGAGAUUGAGGAGUUCCUAGAGGAGAAUAUGGAAGUGGUGGCCUUGAAGGAGGAAGCCGAAGUAGGUCUAUUUACCAGUGCAAACAGCCUGGGAGCAACAUCAGAACCUUGGUCUCAAAGCUUAGACCAAACAGUACCUGUCUCCAGUGACAUUGUCGUAGACAACGAGCCCCAAAAUGCACAAUUCACAGUAGGGCCCUCUUCAAAUCAUCAAAGUGCACUGGAAAAGGAAGACUCAUCUAGGAAGGUUGUGGUGGUGGACAGUCCUGGCAUGCCCGUAAUUCUACAGCUCCAACCCAUACAGGUAAAACAGGAGUUGAGCCCGAAAGCAGCCCCCUCACCACCAACACCACAACCUGCCUCAGACAUUAAAAUAACCCAGCUCCUCGUUAACAUCCAGGGUCAAACCUUCGCCUUGGUUCCUCAAGUGGUCCCACCAGCCAGUCUUAGCAGCUCAUCCUCAAAGUUUGUCCGUAUUGCCCCGGUUCCUAUUGCAGCCAAGCCUGUGGGUCUAGGGGAGAAUGGAACAAGCGAUGCCCAAGGGCUUGUAGUUGGUGGUCACAAAUUCCAGAAAAGCUCGGUAGCUGAUCUUAUUAAAAUGCACAAGUGCAAUUUCCCUGGCUGUGCCAAGAUGUACACCAAGAGCAGCCACCUAAAGGCCCACUUGAGGAGACACACAGGGGAGAAACCAUUUGCCUGCACUUGGCCAGGUUGUGGCUGGAGAUUCUCCCGGUCAGACGAGCUGUCACGACACCGUCGGUCUCACUCUGGAGUUAAGCCCUACCAGUGCCCCGUCUGUGAGAAGAAAUUUGCCCGCAGCGAUCACCUGUCCAAACACAUCAAAGUCCAUCGUUUUCCACGAAGCAGCAGGACAGCGCGCACUGCACACUGACCCCACACAACCCCCCACCAGAGGAGAGAAAGAGAUAGAGAGAGUUAGAGAGAGACAGAUUUACUUGUGGUACUGUGAUAAUUUAUUACAUUAUGUUCCGAUGAACUUAAGAAGAAUUUGGAACUGUUACUUGACUCGUCGGCCUUGCAGAUGUUCUAAGCUUCGUAGAUUGUAUUUUUGUAGCAUUCAUGAUUGUUUUCUAUGUCUCGAGAACAAAUUUUGCAACAUUCAAAGUAUUUUUUUGUACUUUGAGGUAUGAAUUGUUGAUGUAUCUGCCAAUAACUAGCACAUCAACAUUCCUUGUUCAUUAUCAUAAGGUCGCUUAUCUUUGCCAACGUAAAGUGUUUAGAUCCUCUAAACCAAAAAUCUCGGGUUCAUUUGAACUACUGAUCAUUGGUAGGACUGUGCCAUAUAAGCUAUUGGCAAACUAUGAGGUCUUCCCACUUGACUUUCUGUUGUAUGCUAGUAACGAGCAGGAUCUCAUGAAAAACCAAACAUGACUGUAGCAAAAUUUGUACAAAAUGAUAUUAAAUGUAUCGCGGCAGUUCCAAGGUGAAAUGUCCACUGAGUGGCACCAAAAGUGAGUUACAUUUUAAGGUUAAUGAUCUAAUGAGUUUUAAAUCAACAAAGCCUACCUCUCUACCCUAAACCUUAAACCUAAACCUAAAUGAUAGUAUCAGAAAAAGCAAAUGCGAGAUGAAAUACGUUAUUGCUGAAUCAAAAGCGUCAUUUUGUGGAUCUUUUAUAAAACUUUUGGCUCAUGUGUCUACUCUCAAAGUCUUCAGUACCUCCGUCCUUUUCAUCACAAGUGCAACGCUCUAUCUGUUAAGCUACUGCACAAUUUGAUUGCACUUAAAAAAGCUUAUAAAUGUAGUUGGUUAUGUAAUGCAAACAUUAAAAUGACUGCGUUUACAUGGACACCAGAAAGCAGCUUAUUACGAGAAAGACGCGUUUCCAUGCACUGUAUAAGCGGCGUACUCUACUCCCAUAUACAUACGGCUCGGUCAGAAAGCAGCUUUCUCCACAGCAACGUAAUUUCCCCGCAACACUUGUGCAAAUAACAGACAUGGCAUCUGAGGAAGAUUUAGUUAUUUAAUUUUCUGUUGCUUCGCUUUAUUUCCAGAUAUUCUAGAAAUGUUGCUGUGUUUCUUUCCUAAACUUUCUAUCGCAACCUGCAACAGAAUUGCGCUUGCAAUAGUGGGGAUUCCCUCUUACGUAAAACUCUGGGAUACCUACAAUGUACAAUCAAAUAUCCGCGAAUGUGAAGGACAGUCAAUAUUUUACAUUGGCGUGUAUAAAUGGGUAUAGUUUACAGUGUAUGUGCUUUUCACACUGUACUCCCAGAAAUGUUUAAUUCUUUCUGCUGUGUUGACUUGUUGUUGGACUCCAUCCUAUGGCUUUUGUUAUCCGGUCUGUUCAAGCAGGUGCACACUUUUCAAAAAACCUGUAAGAAGUCGCUUAUGCGUUUAUAUGGCCACAUAAGCCGCAUUUUCUGGGAGAAACCCAGGUGUGUUAAACCGCUUUCUGUUAAUCCCCUAAAUGGUGUAAGGAAAUCGUUCUCAUUUACAUGACGUUUCAGAAUGCUACUUCCUGCAAAAACCUUGGAGUAAACUGUUUUCUUAAGUGCAUGUAAAUGUGUUCAAUGAAUCCCCUAAACAGUCAUGCACUUUAGUAAAAGUGUUUAGAUGUCAUAAGAUCGCACUGUUUGAGGAACAGGGCGAAAAGUGAGUGUUUAUGAACAGAUAAUCUGCUAUUUUACUUGUGAUUUGUGUGAAAGUAUUUGUUUUAGUGCCUGCAAGGGUUAAUUUCACCUGGAAACUGCCGUGAUACAUACAGCAAGCCACCAAAAAAAUCAUUUUGUAAAAGUGUAGCUAAAAUAACAUGAUUCUAUGAGACCUGGUAGUAGUAAACUGUGAAACGCCUCUCGGUCAGACCAUAUAGAGUGAAACAACGAAAGUCAAAACACGCACAUUUGUCGUAUGUGAACUGGCCUUAUGAUCAGCAUUGAAAUUUUGUCCUAUUUCAAACUUUUUGAGUUUAUGCGAAACCUAUUUUCAUUUUUUUUAUUUUUUUUAUUUAAUUUGUUGCUUUCAUCAAAGACUUGUCUAAGAACAAGAUACCAUCUGGGCCUUCAUGUAAUCUUAAUGUUUGCAGUUAGGUCCAAGGCAUUUGUUGUUAGGUUCUUGUGGUUAGAGGAUAUUUUCUACAGCAAUGCAACAUGCUUCAUAUUUGGCCAAAACCUAAAUUAGAUGAUACAAGUCAGUCACUGUUAAAAUGUAAGCCAAGUCAGUACUUAAUGUCAUAACAGUUUUGCAGAACCCUGCUUUCCCUGCUGAAAAGUCCAGCCUAUACCAGCAUGAUUUUCAAUUACAAGGUGAUUUAUGCUGGUUAGUGAUGGAUUGGUGCUGGUCUAGCUGGUUUGACCAGCAUACCCAUUCUGGUGACCAGCAAUACUGGUCUUUUCAACAGAUUUGCCCUUUGAAAUGGCGCUUUCCAACCAAUAUAAGACUGAAUAACUCUUUAUUUUCUCCCACCUACCUGCCUCAACAAAUCUGAAUGCUCUACUGGAAUACUGACCCAUUUUUUUUUUUUUUAUUGUAAUUAUUAUUUACCUGGGACUAAUUCAUCUGCCAAAAUAUCUUGAUGAGACAAUUUGAAUGACACAAACUGGAAUUGCAAAGCGCGAAUCAGCCUUGAACACAAGCUUCUUCACAGGGGUACACAAGCAGGCCAAAUCGUGCUUGGGAAAUGUAGUCUGGGAUGCAUCUGGAGUUCAGAGAGGGCAUUCUUCAUGGGAACUGUAGUCAUGGACACAGCUUGACUACUGAUAGGGCACGUUGGCCAUAUAUUCGCUAAAGGAAUGUGCAUAAAAUCCAGUGGGGUGCUGAUAACUAGCACUAAGUUUUAACAAAAUGAUAUGUCUUCUCUGAUUAGGGUCUGUUUAAGAAUGUGCAAUUGGAUUUUAAGGGGUUGUUAUGUGGAAGGCUAAGCAACAACCUUGAAAAUACAAUCUCUUCUAUGCAGUCUGUUUUUGCCAAAACAAUAGCUCAAAUGAAAACAGCUACAAAGUUAACCAGUGCCUUAUGUGUUAAAUCAACUCACUGUUGCACUUUGUACUGAGCACAAAUGUACAAUAUACAACCAACAGGCACAACAGGCAGCUAUAGAUGCAUCCACGAUAUACACAUACAGUAUAUAUGAUAUUAUAUCACAGGGACUCUGACAUUCAGAGAAGCAAUCAGGACUGACCUGGCUCUUCUAGUUCUCUACUCACCCAGAAGAACAUUUUAUUGCUCAGAGGUUGCACUAUUGCUCAGGACAUUUAAAGGAAUAUUCCAGGUUCUAUAUAAGUAAAGCUCAAUCGACAGCAUUUGUAGCAUAAUGUUGAUUACUCAUUCCUCGUUUAUUUAAUGAAAAGCAAAAACUGUGGUUACAGUUAGGCACUUACAAUGGAAGUGAAUGGGGUCAGUCUAUAAACAUUAAAAUACAUAUUGUUUAAAAAGUAUAGCCAAAAGAAGUGGACAUUUUGUGUGUUAACACAUCUUGUGGCUAUACUUAUAGUGUGAUGUGUGUGUUGCCAUGAUGACACAACACCAGUACACGCUGUAAGCAAUUCACACUAACAGCUCAAUUCAAGUGAGCCUUACUUGUAUUGACACGGAAUAUUCCUUUGAUGGAGUUUUCAUUUAUUGUACAUUGUUUGUCAUUUAAAUAUCAAAUGUGACUAAGACGAUCCUCUCAAAAUUCAAAUAAAUACAGAUAGGAACAAAUAAGACAAUUGUUGACAUGCAGUAAGAUUAUAGAGAUAUCAAAUGAAUGUGGAAAACAUUGCUCAGAAAAUGUAGUCUUGGGAGAAUUUAAUGAGAAACGUUUGAGAUCAUAUUGAAAUCUCUGAUUGCAGCAAAUUCAGCAGAAAAUAGAAAAAGAAAAUUUGUAAAGCAGGACAACAAAAUGUCUCAGUUUAACCUUAAUUUGCUCUAAUUGCUUCCAUGAGAUCUCAUUCAUGAUCUUUCCUAUGGGCAACCAUGCAUUAUAGGGCAUAACAUCGGGAAACAGUAUGCAUUCUGCGGCUUAGAGGAACAUUCAGAAAUUAUUAUGGUAUUGUUUUUCUGCACAGCUCAUAAUAUUUAGCAAUUGUUGUGGUCAGGAAAUCUGAUCUCGAUCAGAUUCAACAGAGCAGGAAGAAACUAGAACCACUCAGGCCUCUCACAAAGAAAACCAGGACCUGGAGAAGUUUCAGUAAAUCCCUUUAAAUGAAGGAAAUUUUAAAUGUAUGCCAAUGUACAGUAUAUGGUGCAUUAAUUGAUGUUUUGCUACUGUUUGUGCCUGUUUAAAGGGACCGGAUUUUCUCUUUAAAAUUUCUUUUUAAUCCCUUUAACCAGUGCCAAUGAGUCUUAUUCAUUCAGAAUAGCAUAAAUAAAUGCAUACAUAAAAUGAGAGCAUUUCUGAAAUGCAAUGUCACCCACAAUUACUAUCAUAUUGUUUUGUUUUAUUUGUUGUUCUCUGUAUUGUCAUCCCUCUUGCAUAAGAGUCAUAACCAUGCAGUCUAUUUUUCUUAGAAAACAAAUCAUUGGUUGCAUCACUUAUAGCCUCACCCAUUUAAAAACACAGUAAGAAUACGCUCGAUUGACGCUUAUUGUUUAUUAUGCUAAUUGCCUAUGCGCUUGAUGCUCCCUGUUCAAGUUCAUGACCACCGUUCACAUACAAAGUAACAGACAGACACACAGGCGGAGGAGACUGCGUACUGUUAGUGAUGCAUUCCUUGCCGUCUACAUGAAUUUCUCUGUGAAAAAGGUGCUUAUGGCCACCAUUGAAUGUAUGUGUACUGUAUGUACAGACUUUGUACAAAAUGUAGUUGGAUCAGAUACCGGAUAUUCUUCUACAGACGUAUCUCACGUCUUUGAUUGUAUAAAUGUCCCCUGUAAAAUUUAAGCCAAUGUACAUAAU